AGAGAGCCGCACAUACACACACACACACACACACAGGUCUGUGAGCCCCAGUGGUUAGCGGUUGACUGGCGCAGUUGCCCGGGAGAACAAUGCACGCGAGCUCCAGCGCCCUGAGGACCCUCAUAAAAGGGGGGAAGGUGGUGAACGACGACUGCACGCAGGAGGCCGACGUCUACAUCGAGAACGGGGUCAUCCAGCAGGUGGGCCGCGAGCUGAUGAUCCCCGGCGGGGCCAAAGUCAUCGACGCCACCGGCAAACUGGUCAUGCCCGGGGGCAUCGACACCAGCACCCACUUCCAGGAGACCUUCAUGAACGUGACCUCGGUGGACGAUUACUACCAGGGCACCAAGGCUGCUCUGGUGGGAGGAACAACAACAAUAAUUGGCAAUGUUUUGCCAGAUAAAGAGUGCUCUCUUCUAGAGGCUUAUGAAAAAUGCAGAAAUCUUGCAGAUCCCAAAACCUGCUGUGACUAUUGUUUACAUGUUGGUGUGACAUGGUGGGGACCACAGGUGGAACUUGAAAUGGAGAAGCUAGUGAAAGAAUAUGGAGUGAAUUCAUUUCAAACGUAUAUGACCUACAAGGACCAAUAUAUGCUACGGGAUAAUGAGCUUUACCAAGUGUUCCGUCUCUGCAAAGCCCUAGGUGCUAUAGCUUGUGUCCAUGCUGAAAAUGGAGAACUGGUGGCUGAGGGUGCAAAGGAAGCCUUGGAACUGGGAAUCACUGGACCUGAGGGAAUAGACAUCAGCAGCCCUGAAGAGCUCGAGUCAGAAGCUACACAUCGUGCCAUCACAAUUGCUAACCGAACCCAUUGUCCAUUAUAUUUGGUUAAUGUCUCAAGCAAGUCUGCAGGUGAUGUCAUUGCUUCUGCAAAGAUGCAAGGCAAGAUUAUAUAUGGAGAAACAACCCUGGCACACGCAACUCUGAAUGGAUCAAACUAUUACCACCCAGAUUGGUCUCAUGCUGCUGCCCAUAUCACUGCCCCUCCGCUCCGAUUGGAUGCUGGCACUCCCAAGUACCUCAUGAGCCUGCUAGCCAAUGAUACUAUUAAUGUUGUUGCUUCGGAUCACCGUGCACUGACUAUCAAGCAAAAGGCUAUCGGCAAAGAAGAUUUCACUAAAAUUCCUCAUGGCGUUGCUGGAGUGCAAGACCGAAUGGCUGUGAUUUGGGAGAGAGGAGUGCUUGGUGGCAAAAUGGAUGAAAACAAUUUUGUUGCUGUGACGAGCUCAAAUGCUGCAAAAAUUUUCAAUCUAUAUCCCAAGAAAGGGCGAAUUGUUCCAGGUGCAGAUGCUGAUAUUGUUGUGUGGGAUCCAGAAGCUACAAGAAUGAUCUCUGUGAGCACACAGCUACAGGGUGGUGAUGUGAACAUUCAUGAGAAUAUGCGCUGCCACGGUAUUCCUCUGGUCACCAUCAGCCGUGGGCGAGUGGUCUAUGAAAAUGGCAUCUUCACUUGUGCGGAAGGGACAGGAAAGUUCUGUCCUGUCCGACCUUUCCCAGAGUUUGUGUACAAGAAACUGAUACAGAGAGAAAAGAGACUAACUGCAAAGCCCGUGGAACGUGCCCCAUAUGUAGGUGAGGUGGCUCUGGUCCUUAAUGUUGGAAAGGAGGUGGCAGCUAAUCCAGACACCCUAGGUCGACAUGCAACACGGCAUGGAGGUGUAAGGGACUUGCAUGAAUCUGGCUUUAGUUUGUCAGGAUCCCAAGUUGACGAUCACCUGCCAAAGCGACCUGUAUCUAGGGUUCUGGCUCCACCUGGUGGCCAUUCUAAUGGUAUCUGGUAAAAGGGAAGUCGGAUAUCCAGGCACUGCCAACUUUACCACCGAAUGAAUACUGAGUAUGAAUGGAUUAGACCCAACAUGCAAUGGAGCUAACUACAUGAAAUGCAGCAACACUGUACCCAAGUUCUAGGAAUGAACGUACAAGCAACUUCUUGGUUAAUUGACUUUUUUUGCUCAGUCAAGCAAGAAAAUUUUAUUUCAAUGCUUUCGGAAUUCUUCUUGAUGGUUGACUAAUAAUAGAAAGUGCAGAUAGUGUAUCAAUAUAUUACACCCUCCUACUAUAGCCUUGAUUCUCUAGUACUACUACACUGGUGAAUCUCUGCAUGAAUCUAACCAAUACAAACAAAUGUGUUUUGGACUAUUCACCUCAAAAUGUAUAAACACCGAAUUAAAAACUAAUUUUCACAAAUAAAACAACUUGCAGACACAUGCACACAACAUAAAGACUGGAUUAAGAUUGUAUACCGCAUGUGAUCUUUGUAUACCAAUGGUUUAUCCAUUUUGGGAUCAGAAUUAUGCUUUUUAUAAACCACGACUGGCUGUGUUGU